AUGGGCCGUCAGUCUGCUGCCUCGUCGGUGUACGGCGAUGGCCGCCGGAGAGGCUCGUUCGAGUCAGAUGCGCCGUCGGUGAGCAACUCGCUCUACACGCUGCCGGGCCAGCCCAGCGGCUCGUCUCGCUUCUACACCGGCGGCCAGGGCGGACCCUCGGCGCAGCAAGGCUACUUCGGCGCCAGCGCUGCGGCGGCAUACCAUCCGCCCAACUUUUACGCUCCGCCGCCGGGCCAGUCGCGCAUGCGCACCGUCAGCUCGGCGACACAGGCAGCGCAGGCCGCGCAGAGCGGCGGCUACGGCGCUGCGACGGGUCCCACCGGGCGCUUUGAGGCGCGAAGCAUGUCUGCCGGGCAGAGCGCGCGGCCAGGCCUGCCAAUAGCGGCCUUGUCGUCGCCGCAUGGCAGCAUUGGAAGCCAGCUGCCGGGCAGCACCACGCCGCAGCACCGGCGCGGCCCUUUAGUGUACCCGGCGCUGCUGUCGCGCGUCGCGGAGGCCUUCCGCACGCGCGUCACGCUUGCGGAGCGGACCAAGGACGGGCUGUCCUACACAGACGCCUUUGACGGCCGGGAAGCAGUGGACCGCAUUGCCUACAUCAUCAAGACGACAGACCGGAAUCUUGCGCUGCUGCUCGGCCGCGCGCUCGACGCUCAGAAGUUCUUCCACGACGUCACGUACGACCACCGGCUGCGCGACAGCCCCAAUGAGCUGUACCAGUUCCGUGUGCGCCUGACGAACCCUUUCGAAAACGAGGGCGAGGCGUACGAGGACGCGCACGACGGGGUGCACACCCCUGCCAGCCUGGCGCAUGGCAACUCGCUGCGAGCGCCCUCGCUGCGCAGCGCCAAGUCCCCUACGCGCGACAGCUCUAGUGCCAGCCUGCGGCUGCCGGGCUCGAGCGCGGCCAGUGUCUCGGCGAUGACCACCGACACCUCGGCCCUCUCGACGCCGGCGACGUCGAUGGCGCCGCACCAUCGCGGCUCGACUCCCUCGCAGAUUGGCGGCAAGGAGUCGCCUGCUGCGGCAGAAGAAGAAGAUGCGCUGCCGACCGGUGUCUUCACUCUUCUCACCGACUGCUACUCGCCGACAUGCACGCGCGACCGGCUCUGUUACUCGAUCGCAUGUCCGCGCCGGCUGGAGCAGCAGGCGCGCCUGAACAUGAAGCCGCAGCCGGUGCUGAAGCGCAGCAUCAGUCGCGAGAGUCUCGGCGAUGUCAAGGAGCAGGGCGCGCUCUGGGCCGACGGCGUUUCGAAGGAGAUUCUCGAGAGCGUUUCGGACCAGGAGCGCAAGCGGCAAGAGCUCAUCAACGAGGUGAUCUACACGGAACGCGACUUUGUCCGCGAUCUGGAGUACCUGCGGGAUGCCUGGAUCAAGCCGCUGCGCUCGCGCGACAUCAUCCCAGAGGCGCGCCGCGAUGACUUUGUGACGCAGGUCUUCUGGAACGUCCUCGAGAUCCACGCCGUCAACGCCAAGCUGUCAGAGCUGCUGAGCAAGCGCCAGAAGCAGCAGGCCAUCGUCGAGCGCAUCGGCGACUACCUGCUCGAGAUGGUGCCGCACUUCCAGCCCUUCGUCAAGUACGGCGCGCACCAGCUGUACGGCAAGUACGAGUUCGAGAAGGAGAAGAGCAGCAACCCUGCAUUCGCCAAGUUUGUCGAGGAAACGGAGAGGCUGCCGGAGUCGCGCAAGCUCGAGCUCAACGGCUACCUCACGAAGCCGACGACGCGUCUCGCGCGCUAUCCGCUGCUGCUCGAGAGCGUCAUCAAGGCCACGCCAGACGACAACCCGGACAAGCAGGCGCUGCCCAAGGUGGUCAAGAUCGUGCGCGAGUUCCUCACGAAGGUCAACACCGAGUCCGGCCGCAGCGAGAACCGCUUCAAUCUCGCGCAGCUCGACCAGCAGCUCGUGUUCAAGCAAGGCGAGGCAGUCGACUUGCGCCUCCGGGACGAGCAGCGCGAGCUCGUCUUCAAGGGCCCUCUCAAGCGUCGCGGCGGCACGCAGAGCGAGAGUGGCGACCUGCAGGUCUUCCUCUUCGACCACGCCUUGCUGAUGGUCAAGGCCAAGACGGUGCACAAGCACGAGCUGUACAAGGUGUCCCGCAAGCCCAUUCCACUCGAGCUGCUGAUAGUGACGGUGUACGAUGAGGUGCCGACGGGCAAGGGCAACGCGACGCGGCCUAAGAGCAUCAUGUCGCGCACCUCGACUGGCAACCGCCUGAGCGGCGGCGUGCCGACUGGCUCCGCUCCGAAGCAGGACCAGAAGACGGGAUACGCCCUGACCUUCACCUACCUCGGCCGCAAGGGCUACACGCAGACGCUGUGGGCGAGCACCUUUGUCAGCAGGCGCAAGUGGUUCGAGCACAUCGAGGCGCGGCAGGAGAUCCUGCGUCAGCGGUCCAACAUCUUCGACACGAUGACGCUGUCGGAGGGCUUCUUCGUCGGCCCGAGCAAGGUGAACUGCUCGGUGCCGUUCGACUUCGGACGGCGCAUCAUCUACGGCACCGACGACGGCGUGUACCUGUCAGACCUGCGCGAGCGCGCUCGUCCGCCGACCAAGGUGCUCCCACUGCCGGGCGUCACGCAAGUCGACGUUCUGGAAGAAUACCAGAUCCUGAUCAUCCUCGCCGAGCGCUCUGUGCACACGUUCACGCUCGACGCCUUGGAUCCGUCAGACCCCAUGGGCUCGCUCAAGCGCGGCCGGCGCAUCUCGUCGCACACGUCGUUCUUCAAGGCGGGCCAGUGCCUCGGCCGCACGCUCGUGUGCGUGGUCAAGUCCUCGUCGCUCUCGUCGACGAUCAAGACGCUCGAGCCCAUCGAGCAGAAUGUGCGCGGCAAGAAGCAGCCCACGUUCCGCAAGCUGCUGCAGGGCGGCCAGGAGACGCUGCGCGUGUUCAAGGAGUUCUACAUCCCAACCGAGUCGUCGUCGAUCCACUUCCUGAAGAGCAAGCUGUGCGUCGGCUGCACCAAGGGCUUCGAGAUCGUCGACCUGGAGACGCUUGACACGCAGGGCCUGCUCGACCCCGCCGACUCGAACCUCGACUUUGUGCACCGCAAGGAGACGGUGAAGCCCAUCGCCAUCUACCGCAUCGACGGCGAGUUCCUGCUGUGCUACGACGAGUUCGCCUUCUACGUGAACAAGAACGGCUGGCGCUCGAAAGGCAACUGGAUCAUCCACUGGGAGGGCAACCCGACGGCGUUUGCGCUCCACCACCCCUACGUGCUGGCAUUCGAGCCGAGCUUCGUCGAGGUCCGACACGUCAUGACCGGUGCGCUGCACCAGGUCAUCACGGGCUACAACCUGCGCUGCCUGUUCGCCGACGUGCCGCCGCCCACCGGCGGAGGAGGCUCAUCGAGCAGCAGCGCCAGCAGCAGUCAAGUCAGCCUGCAUGGCGGCGCGCCUGGCGCGAUGUCGCCCUAUGCGGCGCCCGGACGGCCAUCGUUCGGUGGCGCUCCGGGCUACCCAGGGCCACCAGGCACGCCGCAGUACGGUCCCGGGCAGGUGCCCUUGAAUCGCGCGCAGAGCUACAACAUGAUGGCUCCGCCGCCAGCGCCGGCGCCCGGAUACGGCCGUUCCAUGCCGGGUGCGCCGCCACCACGACCCGUCGGACCGCCGUAUGGGCCGCCUGGCCAGCAGAUGAUGUACCCGCAAGGCCCACGGCCAGGCGUGCCGUUCGCCUUCACUGCAGCUGCUCAAGCGCCGCGGCCGCCGCCGCCGCGCAACCCAGUGUGGGAGAGCGUCAGCCAGUCGCGCGGCCAGAUCAUCUUCAUCGGCGACACCAGGUGA